AUGGCCGAAGGAGGAGGUGGAAUUGACCGCAGGGCGGACGAGAAGAUGGAGUUCUCGACGUCCAAGGAGGUGACGGUGCACCCCACGUUCGAGGCCAUGUCGUUGAAGGAGAACCUCUUGCGAGGCAUCUACGCAUACGGGUACGAGUCGCCAUCGGCAGUGCAGUCGCGAGCAAUCGUCCAGGUGUGCAAGGGACGCGACACGAUCGCCCAGGCCCAGUCGGGGACGGGAAAGACGGCAACUUUCUCCAUCAGCAUGCUGCAGGUUAUCGACACCGCGGUGCGAGAGACGCAGGCGCUCGUGCUGUCGCCGACGCGCGAGCUUGCGACGCAGAUCCAGUCGGUGGUCAUGGCCCUGGGUGACUACAUGAACGUGCAGUGCCACGCGUGCAUCGGCGGGACCAACGUGGGCGAGGACAUCCGGAAGUUAGACUACGGGCAGCACAUUGUAUCGGGGACGCCCGGCCGGGUGGCGGACAUGAUCCGGCGGCGACACCUACGGACGCGGCACAUCAAGAUGCUGGUGCUCGACGAGGCGGACGAGCUGCUGAACAAGGGGUUCCGGGAACAGAUCUACGACGUAUACCGGUACCUGCCGCCGGCGACGCAGGUCGUCGUCGUCAGCGCCACACUCCCCUACGAUGUGCUGGACAUGACGACCAAGUUCAUGACGGACCCUGUGCGCAUCCUGGUCAAGCGCGACGAGCUCACCCUCGAGGGCCUCAAGCAGUACUUCAUCGCCGUUGAGAAGGAGGACUGGAAGUUCGACACGCUGUGCGACCUCUACGACACCCUCACCAUCACCCAGGCCGUCAUCUUCUGCAACACCCGCCGCAAGGUCGACUGGCUCACCGACAAGAUGCGCGACGCAAAUUUCACCGUCAGCAGCAUGCACGGCGAGAUGCCCCAGAAGGAGCGCGACAGCAUCAUGCAAGACUUCCGCCAAGGCAACAGCCGCGUCCUCAUCUCCACCGACGUCUGGGCUCGCGGCAUAGACGUCCAGCAGGUCAGCCUCGUCAUCAACUAUGAUCUGCCUAGCAACCGCGAGAACUACAUUCACCGUAUCGGUCGUAGCGGUCGCUUUGGGCGCAAGGGUGUCGCUAUCAAUUUCGUCACCACCGAGGAUGUUCGUAUCCUGCGUGAUAUCGAGUUGUACUACUCAACCCAGAUUGACGAGAUGCCCAUGAACGUAGCCGACCUAAUUGCAUAG